AUGCCGGCGAAACGUUUGGAAAUGUACCACGUCCGUGGUUCAACUUUGGAAAUGAUGAUGGAUAUAAUGGACUCCGGACUAGCCCUAUACACUUUAAUCAACGAUAUGAAGACCGCGAUGGUGGGACCCUCGGUUCAGUCUUCGCUUCGAACCGAGGACCGAUACAACGACAUUUUGGUGAGUGAUUUCACACUCUUCCGGAGUAGCACCAGUAUUCAGGAUCUCCUCGGCCGUCAAGCCUCUCUUUCUCAACCGCCUGACUCAUCUUCUGCUUCGUCUCGAGGGCCUCCAGUGAGUCCCUUGGCCUGCCUUAAUGGGCUGGAAGGGCGCAAUGCUUCCUGUACUCCUGACAUGCCCAUAGGAAAGUUGAACGGUCCGAAACUUGCCGGUUCCUCUGGGCAAGCGUUGUCUCCACAACUUCGAAAGGCCUAUUCAAGUCUCCCCAUCAUUGCAGCCAAUACCUUUUCUCCUAAUCCUCUGUCCAUUCCAUCUGCUCGUGUGCCACCCAAACCAGCCGACCCAGAGGUCAACGUCGGUCGUGUGGAAACCGCCAUGGACAGUACAGAUAUCUCUCCUGUCGCCGGCUCCACGUUGCUAUCGGCCGGAUGUGGCGAUUUGACGCAUUUGUUUAACUCAAUGUCAGUGCUCCUCCGCGACCAACUGGAGGCUCAUCAUCAAUCCACAGAGGCGGAACAGACACGCAGUGCAGCAGAUGCCGUGACAGUUGCCACGGUGGCAGUUGACUCGGCUACAGAACCGAUUGGCGGCUGCGACGGGACUCGGAUAGAUAUGACCAAUGUAGGGCAUAUUCACGAAGGUGGAGCAGCAGUCAUCCAGUCACAAAAGCCAACUCUAAAGGCCACCUCUCGGGGUCCUAUGCCUUGGACUGGCCCGGCGUCUGUGAAUGGCAUCAACACAAAUUCCAGACCAGCAUCCAGAAAAGAAGCGCCCGUUAUUACCGAGCCUAGGUAUUUGAGUCAAAUGUUGCUUGUUCUUCGGAUUAUCGUUAAUUUUACGUUGCUUCCGAUAGUCAAAAACUGA